GGACCAUGUCCACGUCCUCGUCUGGAUCGACCAACCACAACAAGCGUCAGUCAUUGGAGACAGACAACUCGCAGAUUGUGUUGGACAAUGACUCAGCCCAGCAUCUGAAGCUGAGGGAGAGACAGCGCUUCUUUGAGGAGGUGUAUCAGCACGAUAUGGACAUACUCCUGUCCUCGGCUAACCUGCACAUUGACAGCAGGAAACCUCCCAUGGGCAGUAUCUCCUCUAUGGAGGUGAACGUGGACAUGCUGGAGCAGAUGGAUCUCAUGGACAUCUCUGACCAGGAAGCUCUGGAUGUGUUCCUCAACUCUGGGGCCAACAACAGCCCACUGGUCUCCCCUUUACCAGAGGUAGACGAUGAAGAGGAAGAUGAGGAAGACGAGAGUAAAGAAGUUGUCUACAGGGAGCGUGUGCCAACUUGCGACAUUCACCGGGGGUCAAAAUCUCGCAUGUCAUCCACCUCUUCUGGUUCCAGUGACACCAGCGGGGGCGGGACCGACACCCAUGUGGUCCAAUCAGAUGAUGAGGAGGUGCACGCAGACACCCUGUUGCUGACCUCCGUGCCUCGAACAAAAGAUGAAGAGGCAGAGGAAGAAGAGAAGUGAGGCCUGCCUGCUCCAUUGUCAUAGACACAAGCCACUUGCUGUUCUGACUGUUGUCAAUGACAACAAGGAGAUGGUAAACAGACUAACUCGGAGAUCCAUACAUAUACAGUACCAUCACUUCCUCUUUACAUGUUACUGACGCCCCUGGAAUUCCUUGUGGGAAACCCCUAGCAUGGACAACCCUUGUUAUUCUUUGGUGUGUUGUUAUCGGUCAACCCACUGGGCACAGACACCAUUUAAACAUCAAAUGUUUAUUUACAUUUGGUUGAAAUGUCAACUAAUGUGAAUUCAACAUGAAAUAAACAAAAAAUGUCACCAUGUCAUGUGAUUUAGGUUAAAAGUUGGGUGAAAGAAAGACUAAAUUCCCUUACGUUGAAGACUUUUUGCAAAUCGAAUCAGUUUUCCACAUUUGAUUCAUUGUCAUCAGAUUGCAUUUUUUGGUUGAAAUUAUGUUUAAACAACAUUGAUGCAACCAGUUUUUGCCCAGUGGGAAUUGAUUCUCUGCGUAACUAUGAAACUACUUAUUGAUGACUCCUCAUUGUUUCUACUUAGCACUAUUAUAAGGAACACUCAGUUUUCACCGUUUUUUCUUCUGUUGCUUCAGAGCAAUAUACGUGUAUUGUGUUCAACCAUUAUCAAGGUGCCAAUAUUGUGUUCUGCAUAUUUAUCAUACACAGAAUAUCAUUGUUUGAGGGAGGAAUGUCCAGAUAGAUAUCUGUCUCACAUAAGAACCUGUGAACAACAACUUUAGUAAGACUAAAUUCUAGAUCCAAUCCUAUCCAUUCAUUAAUGCUGCUAUAUAAACACUGAAUUCUAACAUGACUCUUUGCUGCAUGAUUUGGAACAGUUAGUAGGGGAAGUCUCAAGCGGUUUGGUUUCAUUUGUUCUCAGUCAAGGUAUUUACCUCCCUUUAUGUGACAGUUGACAGAGAAUCCAACAUGUAGUAACAUAACACAGUCAACUCACACACACACACACGCACUAGUCUACAUUAGCAUACUGGAUUCUCUUCUUUGGUUUCUGCUAUUGCUAUUCCCUCCAGCUCAGGACACCUUGACCACGGCCAUUUCAAAUCUUUAAGUCGGUUAUCUACAGUAGCUAUAUAAAUUAUUUUACUUAUAAGUUAAUGACAUGUACCCAAUGAUUCUUGAAGAACUUAUAAAUGCCUCAUGAGCUUAGCUCAACUGUCGUACCCCAUCAGAGCCCAAAAUGUAAGCUUAUUUUACUUUGUAAACAAAGUAAAUGUAAACAAUUUCUCCAGCCCCAUACCUCAGCUUGCCCCUUUAAGAGGGUCAGAAAGAUUUAAGAGUGGUAUUUAGAAGUACAAUCAUCCCUGUGUGGCAUUCCCCUAUGUCAGAAUGAGUUAAGGCAAUGUCUCACCAGAACAACACCUUGGUAUUGGUAAAGGCCUUGGUCUCAUUCAGACAAUACCAGCCAGUUACAGGAAAUUCACGACACUAGCUACUAGACUAGGGAGGCGUAACCUUACCCAGACUUUUGUUUCUGCUUGGUUGGAGCAAAAUCCUGCACCCACACCUGCCAUCACAAGGUAAGGUUUUAAUUCAGUACAUACUGAUGUUUUAACUGUAAAAGAAAAGUAGAGAGCAGGAGUGAGCCACACAGUCCCCAGCCUCAUGUUGUCUGGUUAUACUCAUCUGAGUACCAUGAAAUGCAUGCCACAUUGUAAAUGUACUGUAUGUUCUGUAAAGUUCUGAUCAUCUGCUAUGAGGUGUAUCAUUUCCAGUGUUUUUCCUGGCACUUCAGAUAAAAUUGUAUGCCUAUCUAUGCAUGAAGCAAGUCUUGUGAGGACAAACAGGGCGUCUUUCCUCCCUGUAGCCUCCUAUUGAGCUGAAUGUUGAGGGUUGGAUAUGUAGACACUGUAGAAACUUGGCACACAAAGUGGUUUAUGCCAGUUUUUCGGGUGUUAGAGUAUAUCAACAAGCUGGAAUGGUUUGUGUGUAUGUGGGGUGUGUGUGUGGGUGUGCGCAUGCAUGCAUGUGUUCAUUGCAAGAGAACAGUAGAGAGCAGCCUCAUGUUGUCUGGUUGUACUCCUCUCACCAUGAAUGUGACUGUGUUUGUGAGUGUACAUGUGCUUUCUGGUUUUAUAAUGGUCCUUUUUUGACAGUGGAAAACAUGGUUGUGUGUAUAAUUUCCCUCUCUUUAUGAGCUCCCAAUCAAGAUAAAGAAUAAAAUGAAUACAAUUGCCA